CUUGAGCCUCUGUCUCGCAGAUGAGGCGAGCGGCCGUUUCCCCCGCUAGGUGGCGCCGCUGCUUCCAACUCUCACUCUGUCUUUCCCUCUGGAGGUUUCCCGGCGCCUGGUUCUGCUGGGCGUUUGUAGCAGCACCUUCCUGAGGCCGCUCGGAGUCAGCUCUGCUCCUGCUUGCAGAAGGCGGAGAGCGACCAGGACGCGCCGUCUCUCCCCGCCGCUCUUCCUCGCAGUUGCGAGCGGCGGCUGCUGUUGCCGGAAUGCCGCGCAGGGAAGAGGCGCCGUCUCCGUCUCCGCCGCGCGGCUGCCUUCCGCUGCCCUCCGCCGCAGCCGCCUGCCUGCUGUUCCUCUUGUUCUGCACCCGGGCUUUGGCUCUAAAUGUUGCUGCUGAAGAUGCAAAGGACCCAACUGAACUUCUACUACAGACUUCUGAAAAACAUGAAAAUUCAAGUGAAAUAAGCAAAGAAUUAAAAGAAAUAGUGUUUAUCAUCCAGAGUCAAAGAAAUUCUUUUCAUUCGAAGAAAGCAGAUGACCUAAAACAAAAUAUUUUAAAUCAGGCCGCAGCUCUUGGAAAGGAAAUGCCUAUAGUUCUGCUUAUUCAUCAGAUGGACAGGCAUGAAGGCGCUUGGACCAUUUUACCAUUAAUGCAUGACUUUUCUGUUACAUACAGCAAAAACUCCUCAUGGAUCUUUUUCUGUGAAGAAGAUACAAGAAUACAUAUUGUAAAGCUACUGGAAAUACUUAGAAGAUAUGACAAGUCUAAGGAUUUCUUUUUAGGAAAAGCAUUACAUGAUGAUGAAUCUACAAUUAUUCACCAUUAUGCCUUUGCAGAAAACCCUACAGUGUUUCAAUUUCCAGAUCUUGCUGCUGGCUGGGGACUUAGUAUUCCACUUGUAAACAAGCUUGCAAAGAGACUGAAACAUGACCCUCUAAAGUCAGACUUUACAAUAGAUUUGAAAUAUGAAAUUGCACUAUAUAUAUGGGAGAAGGGCAAUGGACCGCACCUCACCCCAGUGCCUGAGUUUUGUACGGAAGACUUAGACUCUCCUAAGGCUGCUCACUGUGCUACUACAUUCACUAAUUUCCUUCCACUUUGUGGAGAUCCUGUGAAGAAAACGGAUAUCUUUGUUGCUGUAAAAACCUGCAGGAAAUUCCAUGGAGAUAGAAUACCCAUUGUAAAACAGACCUGGGAGAGAGAGGCUGCUCUUAUUGAAUACUACAGUGAUUAUGCAGAAAGUUCAAUUCCUACUGUUGACAUAGGAGUGCCAAAUACUGAUAGAGGUCAUUGUGGGAAGACAUUUGCCAUUUUGGAAAGAUUUUUAAAUCAUAGCCCUUCUGCAGCUCCUUGGUUAGUUGUUGUGGAUGAUGACACUUUAAUAAGUAUUUCUAGGCUCCGGAAAUUACUCAGCUGCUAUGAUCCAAGAGAGCCAGUGAUUCUUGGAGAGCGUUAUGGCUAUGGACUUGGAUCAGGAGGCUAUAGUUACAUUACUGGUGGAGGAGGGAUGGUCUUCAGCAGAGAAGCAAUCCAAAGAUUAUUUGCUAGUAAGUGCCGGUGUUACAGCAAUGAUGCCCCUGAUGACAUGGUAAUUGGAAUGUGUUUCAGUGGUUUAGGAAUUCCAGUAACACACAGCCCUCUUUUCCAUCAGGCUCGGCCAAUGGAUUACCCAAAGGACUAUCUUUCCCAUCAAGUUCCUAUAUCAUUUCACAAACACUGGAACAUUGACCCAGUGAAAGUGUACUUCGGGUGGCUGGCACCAAAGUUAGAAGAUUUGCAAGCUGGAAGUAAACACGUUAGGGAAGAUUUAUAAACUAUAAAAACAAUAUUUAAGUAAUGCUGUAGGCUUAAUAUCGGAGCACCUACUGAAUUGUAUUGUUGUAUUUAUGACUACUUGUGACCCAUAUUGUACAGAACACUAAGGCCAUGAUCUAGUAUCACUAUGGGCUCUAUAUGCAGAGGGUUUGCAUAGGGCUCUUUUGAGCCCUGUUCUCCUUCUCUGGAGAAGGAGAACACUGAGUGCUGAGUAGGGAUAUGGAAGGCACACUCCAUAUUCCCCUUAAUAGAGCUUCUAUUCCCCUUAAUGUUCUACUUGUGCACAUGUGCCAGUGGGGCAUGUGGAAAACAGGACUUUCUGGAGCUCUCUGGGAAUGUUCCAUAUGCAGGCACUGCUCUCACACUGGUACUGGGUCAUGCCCCACAUAUCUCCAUCCAGAAUAUAAAUACACAUGCACACACAUGUAUAUAUGUUUGUUGGACUUCAGGACCUUUUUGUGGGGUGAGGGGGGAUAUGUCUUUGGGUGGGUUCAUAUGAUAGCCACCAGGUCUGGAGGCUGGAGACCACAGAUUUCCAGCACGUGUGGGUUCCAGCAAGCAUGUGCAAACCCACCAACCAGCAGUUUCUGACUCAUCCACCUGAGAUUCUGCUAACUUCCUCCAUCCAUUUGGAACCAAGAUUUGAAGCUGGACAGAGAAAAUCAGUAGAAUCUCAGGUUCGUACACUCACCCUCUGAGAGCAUGUGCUUGCCAGGAACCUCUGGUUCCUGGUUUCCUGGUUUUGGCGGUGAUUGUGUGAACCUGCCCUUUGUUUCCCGGCCCCACCCCUACCACACACACACUGGCUCUUAGGGUCCUAAUGAUAAAGUGUGUACAGUUCCUGUUGAGUUGCAAAGGAUUUUGUGGGUUAUUUAAAAAUCUCUUGUUAUUUGGGUUUUAUGUAAAGGGAUACAGGCUUGAUCUGACUGUGCAAAUCAGCAGGCUAGAGAAUUUGUGUGUGAUCCUCUUCUCUCUAUGUAUCAACUUGCACCUUUGAACAAAUACCAUUUAUAGAUAAUUGAAAACCUAAGGGUUUGGUGUUACGAAGCUGGCCACAAGAUGUCAGUACUGGUACUCAGAAAACCUGGUUACACUCUGUUAACAAAUGUCUCUAAACCAGGCCUGCUCAACUUCGGCCCUCCUGCAGAUGUUGGCCUACAACUCCCAUAAUCCCUGGCUAUUGGCCCCUGUGGCUGGGGCUUAUGGGAGUUGUAGUCCAAAAACAGCUGGGGGGCCUAAGUUGAGCAGGCCUGCUCUAAACAAAUCCUAGGAACUUACCAUUUAGAUACCUGUCUCUCUUACUUACUCAUCAUGUGGUUUGUAUGUGCAAGACUAAGAUCUAGUUGAGGGCAUGCAUAACUGCAUGUCAUUUACCACAUUUUGAUUAUUCAAGGCACGCUAUAAAUUUAAAAUGCUACAUAUUGGCAGUGGGUUAAUUCUUUUUCCUGUGUACAGCUCAGUCUUGUAAAGUGGAAGACAGAGCCAAAAUGGGAGGAUAAUCUUUUGUGAAAAACCUCUCUCUCAUGCACACAGUCACAAACACCCAUUUCAGCAAUUAUUCAGGAGGAGCCCACAAAAUGGAGUCAAAAUGCUUGAAAUGUUGCUUUCUGAUUCAUAAUGUCAUCAUUUAGCCUCGCACGAACGUGUGUGUGUGUGUGUGUGUGUGUGUAAGAGAGAGUGAGUGAGUUAUGAAGAAGCAGCUGUAAACAUAUGGCAAGCAGUAUGCAAAAAAGGUAAGCAAAGGUAUUUGUGGGCAAAAAUUCAGUGCAACCAUAGUAAAGAGUUUGUAUAGUAUCUGUAAUUACAUACAAACAUUUAUAACAGAUUUUUCCCCCAGUUGAUGGCAAUUUAGGCAACCUCAGCCUAAUGUUUUUAACCAAACAUAGGGUCUUAAAGCCAUAUUCCAUAAUUGUGUUCAUAUGUUUAAACAUUGUUUUGUAUAGCACAGCAUUUGAUUGUGAUCCAUAGUAAUAUAGUUCUUACUGUUGGCCAAAAUGAAGAAAGAAAGAAAAAGCCUGAUGCACCACCAAGAAGAUAAAAAACUAAAGGAGACCCUCGGAAGCCUCACCGUUAUCUUCAAUAGGCCUGGUGCAUUUUGAAUUAAAAACCCUUUGUCAGGGGCACUUUCACAACUUCAUAAGGAGGCUAAAACCAGCUAGCCUCACCAUAACUCUGCUUUAACUUCCUUGUGAUGUUGUGAAAGUGCUCUUGACAAUCAGUUUUUAAUAUGAAACACCUUGGACCUAUUAAAAACAACAGUGAGGCUUCUGGGGUUCUCUCUCUCUCUCCCUGCCUCAUUUGCCAAAAUGGAAAAGGAGUUUCUCUGUCAGUAAUUACUGAAGCAGUGUACACAUGCUUGUGAAUGUAACUUGGAUGUUUUUAAGUGUGUGGAGAGUGAGCACAUUAUAGAGAUGUGUGUUCAGAUUGGAGGAACCAGAAUCUUAUGUGCUUUCUCUUUGUUCCCUCUCUCAGUGCCUUAAACUAUAGAUAUUUCUACUGAUAUCAGAUCUUCUAUGUUUUUUGUACUGUAUGGGACAUAUUGUUGUUUAUGUUUACUGGUUAAAACUGUGUAUACUUUAAAUGAAAUUAAAAAAUAAUUAAAAUGCC